GACGAGUCAUGAUGAAGCUGCUUUUUUCAAGACAACAUCCACUCUAUCAACAACACGUAUCUUUGCUCCUCUCUCUCACCACUACUUUACAGUGCACACACCACCGCCACCACCACUCUGCGUUUGUCCGCCGAAGUAAUCACAGCCAGUGAGGUAUCUCCAGCAUGUUCCCCUGGGGUGCGGGACUGGUGGGGGCGUGGCUCCCCACCUUCCUGAUGGUUCUGUUCACCACCCUCCUCGUCCUCACCGUCUUUGGAGGGCGACCCAAGAACUUUCCACCUGGACUGAUGAUCCUGCCCGUGGUGGGUUCCCUCCUGUCCAUGCCACUGGGGCCCAGCGUGGAGAUGCUGCGUGGCCUGAGGAAGAAGUAUGGUGACAUAUCAAGCUUCGCAAUAUUCGGCACAAGGAUGGUCGUCGUGAGCGGCGUCAGUCUCAUGAAGGAGGUGUUUGCCCUCAGAAGCACGACUGAUCGCCCAGACGUUUUCUUCACCACUGUCAGGAACAGAAUCGUCACGGAAGGUCGUUCCCCAGGAAUCGGUAUCAUUGGAAGCUCCGGCCAGGUGUGGCAGGAACAGCGUCGCUUCAUGCUUCACCACCUGCGUGACUUGGGCUUCGGGAAGAGCAGCUACGAGCCCGUCAUGAUAGAGGAGAUAGCAGAGUUGAUGGACCUCAUCACUAAGGAAGAAGGGAGCCCCUUGGAAAUGCGGCGCCUCUUCAACCGGUCCGUGAUCAACAUCCUGUGGGCGAUGGUAAUGGGGCAGCGGUAUCACUACGGCGACGCUAAGCUGGAGAAGCUGAUGGUGAACUUGGGUCAGCCCGCGGAUUUCAACGCCCUCACCCCCGCCUACCACAUACCACACUUGUUCAAAUUCAUGGAGUAUCUCCCUCGACAUAGCUCUGGUUACAAGUUCAUAAGGACACUGAGUGAUUUCCUCAAGAAAGAGAUCAAAGACUUCAUGGCCGACGAAGAACUCAGGAACGGCGAUAACUUCACGGCACUUUUCCUGAAAGAGAUUGAGAAGAAAGAAAAUCCCAACUUCAACAUGGACCAGCUAGCGGGCCUGGUCUUUGACUUGUUCGUGGCUGGCAUGGAGACCACCUCCAGUACCCUCACUGCAGCUGUCAACCUGAUAAGUAAGCACCCCGAAGUGCAACGCCGCAUGCAGGAAGAGCUGGACGAGGUAGUGGGCAGGGACCGCCUCCCAACCUUUUCUGACGUGGAACGGUUGCCCUAUGUGCAGGCCACCAUUAAUGAAGUGCAGAGAGUGCUGAAUUUGAUUAAGUAUUCCCUCCCACAUCAAACCAACGAGGACUGCAAGCUUUGCGGCUACGAUAUCCCCAAAGGAACCUGGCUGCUCACCAACCUGGACGACGCUCUCAGGAACUCUGAGUACUGGAAGAACGCUACUGAGUUUGAUCCUCAGAACUUCCUUGACGAAUAUGGAAAAUACAAGAAAAACAACGCCUUCAUGCCCUUCGGAGUGGGUAAGCGUGUAUGUGCUGGCGAGCCCCUGGCCAGGCUGGAGCUCUUCCUGUUCAUCACUCACCUGUACCAGCGAUUCACCUUCACCCUGGUGGAGGAACACAAGUCUAUAGUAGAAACCAACCCAAUGUUCAACUCCCCGCCGGAGUACUCUGCCAUAGCAAAGUGCCGCCCUAUAAUACAAACCUCGACGGGAUACAACACAUGGCUGGAUUCUGAUGGAGUGAGGACUCUACACCUACUCCACAACAUGCAGUGCCUGAAGAUGCCUUCUGUGAAGGUGAAACGUUGCAAGAAGGGAGGUAAACGGGGCACCAUGCCCUUCCUCGACUUCCUCGUGAAGCAACAGCAAGUGAAGUUCAAUACAGCAGUGUACUCGUACAUCAAGCCAACUAACCCUGGGUAUUGCCUUAAUGGAAGAAGCGAAUGUCCUGACCGAUAUAAGGACUCUAGUAUCGCUGCUUACAUCCGAAGAGCACUCACACACUGCAGUACUUGGCAGCAACUACAUGAAGAAAUAGAAGGGGCAACACAAGUAUCCAUAAACAACGGCUUUAGUGAAAAGAACAUCGUCCACCAAACCAAGAUCAUCGAUAAGUGGCAUAACUCCAGCUCCUCAGAAGACUCAAGAAAGCCGAAGAUUUACAGGCCUACCAAGCAUGAAAAGGAACCAAGCACCGCCGUUACAGAGAGAGCCUACCAGCCAACCGGAACCAACCAAUCGGCGCCUCCCACCGCCACCACACGUCGGAGUCAGAGUAUUCAUACUGAACAAAUGAAGUCCAACAUAGAACAACAGAAACAAGCCCAAAAAAUGAUCGAUAAUUCUGUGAAGAGAUUUCAACCAGCCAAGGUAGGGGAAACUGUGAUGGUUCCUGUUCCAUUAGUUGACCGCGGACGUGCAGAGUUUCCUAAUGUGAAGGCAGUUGUUUUUCAGGCAUUGGACAAUGGCACAUAUAAGCUUGGUACAAAACACGGCCUGCUUAAACAAGUGUACACUCGCAACCAAUUUACUCCAUGUCUAGAAAAAUUCCUUUCUCUUGAUGAUGUUGUACAGGAGCGGGAAUCUUACCGGUCACUGAUUAACAGAGUGCGUCGUAACUACGACACAAGGCUCCACAGAGGAAUCACAACUCGCGAGUUGGGGUGUGCGGGGGGGGGGGGGGACAGUUACCAUUGUUCACACCGAUUGGUAGGUGGGGAUCAGUUCAUCAGCCAACUCUGCACGGGCUACCGGCCAGUUUGCCUGUCAAAGCUGCAUUUUUUUUUUUUUUUUUUUUUUAUGAUGAGAGGUACAGUCGAGCCUGACGGUGUGGACAAGCAGGGCUAUCAGUCUGAGAAUGGUAUGUCCAGCGUGCUCGCCUGGAAUGCGGGGCUGGUGGGGGCGUGGCUCCCCACCUUCUUGUUGGUUCUGUUCACCACCCUCCUCCUCCUCAGCGUUCUUGGAAGGCGGCCCAAGAACUUUCCUCCUGGAAUGAUGAUCCUGCCCGUGGUGGGUUCCCUCCUGUCCAUGCCGUUCGGGCCCAGCGUGGAGAUAUUGCGUGGCCUGAGGAAGAAAUACGGUGACAUAGCAAGCUUCGGAAUAUUCGGCACAAGGGUGGUACUGGUGAGCGGCGUCAGCGUCAUGAAGGAGGUGUUUGCACUCAGGAACACCACAGACCGUCCCGAAAUGAUCUUCACCACUGUCAGAAAUCGAAUCCUCACGGACGGCCGCACGACGGAGGUCGGUAUCGGUGCAGUUUCUGGCCAGUUGUGGCAGGAGCAGCGUCGUUUUCUGCUUCACCACUUGCGUGACUUGGGCUUCGGCAAGAGUAGUUACGAGCCCGUCAUGGUGGAGGAGAUCUCAGAGUUGAUGGAAUGUAUGUCGAAGGAGAAGGGUCGCCCCUUGGAAAUGAGGCGCCUGUUCAACCGCUCGGUGAUUAACAUCCUGUGGGCGAUGGUGAUGGGGAGGCGCUAUCCGUACGGCCACGUCAAGCUCAACAAACUCAUUCACUCAUUUGUUCAACCCGCGGACUUCAACAUCCUCUCUCCUGUGCAACACAUCCCACACAUCCUUAAGAUCAUGGAGUACAUCCCAACUGAGAAGGAAGGCUUAACAAAACUCAGAAACAUCCUCACCUUUGUCAAGGAGGAGAUCAAGGAGUUCAUGGCCGACGAAGAACUCAGGAACGGCGAUAACUUCACAGCACUUUACCUGAAGGAGAUUGAGAAGAAAGCGAAUCCCAACUUCAACAUGGACCAGUUGAUGGGCGUAAUUUUCGACUUGUUCGUGGCUGGCAUGGAGACCACCUCCAGCACCCUCACCACAGCUGUCAACCUGAUAGCCAAACACCCGCACGUGCAGCGCCGUGUGCAGGAAGAGCUGGAUGAAGUGGUGGGCAGGAACCGUCUCCCUUCUUUCUCUGACAUGGAACGGUUGCCUUACGUGCAGGCCACCAUUCAUGAGGUGCAGAGAGUACUCAGCCUAGCUAAGUUUGCCGUCCCGCAUAUGACCAGUGAGGACUGCAAACUUGGCGGCUACGACAUCCCCAAAGGAACCUGGCUCAUGGCGAAUCUGGACGACGCCCUCAAAAAUUCUGAGUAUUGGAAGAACGCUCGGGAGUUCGAUCCUCAAAACUUCCUUGAUGAAAAUGGGAAGUACAAGAGGAACAAUGCCUUCAUGCCCUUCGGAGUGGGUAAACGUGCGUGCGCCGGAGAGCCCCUGGCCAGGCUGGAGCUCUUCCUAUUCUUCACUCACCUGUUUCAGCGGUUCACCUUCACACUGGUGGAGGAACAAAAGCCAAUUAUAGAAACGAACCCAACUUUUAACGCUGCACCAGAAUACACUGCCAGUGUAAAGUGCCGUCCUAAAUAAGCCUUGAUGCGACCAAAGUAAGCAGGAUACCCUCAUAAAUGUAAUUGUCUUGUAAUAAGCUUGAAGAUAGACUAAGGCACAUUUAGGCAGUGUAGUUCAUUAGUAAUAAUAUAUGUUACUGAUAUCUCAUGGUUAUUUGGUAUCUAUUGAUCUUUUAUAUUUAUAUUCUGUAGUUUCGUUUACUUAUUAACUUUUGUCAAGAAAAUUAGGGUGAAUGUACUCCUAUGAAUAGAGACAAGUAAAAUAUUUUGUGUCAUCUGUAAUCAAGUAUGAAAAACUGUUACACACUAAACCAGCAUUUCAUGUGAAAUAACAUACAAUACACGAAGGUAGCUUUAGUCCCACAAAUGCCAUGCACAUCUUCCAUCCUCUCACACCCUACAAAAAAAAAAAAAAUCACAUGACACACUUUCCUUCACAGGCACGGAAUAAAUGUUUUGCCGAGUGUACUGGGAGAUACGCGUAUACAGCGUUGUUGUUCAAUCAUCAAAUCGAAAGCCAUUAAAAAAAAAAUUUUAAAAAUGACAUAGUUGUAUAUAACAACUUAUAAUUUUUAAAUAAUUAAAGCAAAGGACUACAAUAUGAGCGAGAGAGGGAGAUCAUCAUGUGCCUGAAGACUGUGAAUGUGACAGCAAUGCGGGACAGGAACAACCAACAUCCUGAGUAUCAAGUUAGGCAGGAUUCUUAUGUUCUUAUGUUCUUAAGUGGCAAGAAGUCAAUUUGCCCAAUUCCAUUUUUUAUGCUUUCUGGGAGGCCUUAAACAAAACGUGCUCCUUGAGUUGUAUGUGUCGCCGCGACGCAAGAUCGGCGUUAGCUGACUGUCAAUAGUCUUGUAUCUGUCCCUCGAGGCUUAAAAAAACCUUCCUCUGGACACACGUAAAACAUAACACCUAAA